CGGGACUCCAUUUCCCAGCAGGCUCGGGCGGCGGGCGCCGCGGUGCCUUGUGUGGGAUGUAAGCGCGGAGGCCGAGGCCCGCCGCCAUGGGGCUGAAGGCCGCCCAGAAGACGCUGUUCCCGCUGCGCUCCAUCGACGACGUGGUGCGCCUGUUCGCUGCCGAGCUGGGCCGGGAGGAGCCGGACCUGGUGCUCCUCUCCCUGGUCCUGGGCUUCGUGGAGCACUUCCUAGCUGUCAACCGCGUCAUUCCCACCAACGUGCCCGAGCUCACCUUCCAGCCCAGCCCCGCGCCCGACCCUCCUGGCGGCCUCACCUACUUCCCGGUGGCCGACCUGUCCAUCAUCGCCGCGCUCUAUGCCCGCUUCACUGCCCAGAUUCGGGGCGCCGUCGACCUGUCUCUCUACCCGCGAGAGGGGGGCGUCUCCAGCCGCGAACUGGUAAAGAAGGUCUCCGACGUGAUCUGGAACAGCCUCAGCCGCUCCUACUUCAAGGAUCGAGCACACAUCCAGUCUCUCUUCAGCUUCAUCACAGGCACCAAACUCGACAGCUCCGGCGUGGCCUUUGCUGUGGUGGGGGCCUGCCAGGCUCUGGGGCUCCGGGAUGUCCACUUGGCCCUGUCUGAGGACCACGCCUGGGUAGUGUUUGGGCCCAACGGGGAGCAGACGGCGGAAGUCACCUGGCACGGCAAGGGCAACGAGGAUCGCAGGGGCCAGACCGUCAAUGCGGGUGUGGCCGAGCGGAGCUGGUUAUACCUGAAAGGCUCGUACAUGCGCUGUGACCGCAAGAUGGAGGUGGCGUUCAUGGUGUGCGCCAUCAACCCCUCCAUCGAUCUGCACACCGACUCGCUGGAGCUCCUGCAGCUGCAGCAGAAGCUGCUGUGGCUGCUCUACGACCUGGGACAUCUGGAAAGGUACCCCAUGGCUCUGGGGAACCUGGCUGACCUGGAGGAGCUGGAGCCCACCCCUAGCCGACCAGACCCACUCACCCUCUACCACAAGGGCAUCGCCUCAGCCAAGACCUACUACCGGGACGAGCACAUCUACCCCUACAUGUACCUGGCCGGCUACCACUGUCGCAACCGCAACGUGCGGGAAGCCCUGCAGGCCUGGGCGGACACGGCCACCGUCAUCCAGGACUACAACUACUGCCGCGAAGACGAGGAGAUCUACAAGGAGUUCUUUGAGGUAGCCAACGACGUCAUCCCCAAUCUGCUGAAGGAGGCAGCCAGCCUGCUGGAGGCCGGCGAGGAGAGGCCAGAACAGACCCAGGGCACCCAGAGCCAGGGCUCUGCCCUCCAGGACCCAGAGUGCUUCGCCCAUCUGCUGCGCUUCUACGACGGCAUCUGCAAGUGGGAGGAGGGCAGCCCCACGCCCGUGCUGCACGUGGGCUGGGCCACCUUCCUCGUGCAGUCCCUAGGCCGCUUCGAGGGGCAGGUGCGGCAGAAGGUGCGCAUCGUGAGCCGCGAGGCGGAAGCCACGGAGGCCGAGGAGCCGUGGGGUGAGGAAGCCCGGGAAGGCCGGCGGCGAGGCCCGAGGCGUGAGUCCAAGCCUGAGGAGCCGCCGCCACCCAAGAAGCCCGCGUUGGACAAGGGCCCAGUUGCCGGCCAGGGUGCCGUGCCAGCAGGACCCCCAAAGAAGCCCCCAGGGACCGUCCCUGGCAUGGCCCGGGGCCCUGAGGGCGGCAGCAGUGUGGCUUCGGUGCCAGCGCCUGCAGCAUCACCGCCGCCAGAGGGUCCGGUGCUCACUUUCCAGAGCGAGAAGAUGAAGGGCAUGAAGGAACUGCUGGUGGCCACAAAGAUCAACUCGAGCGCCAUCAAGCUGCAGCUCACGGCCCAGUCACAGGUGCAGAUGAAGAAGCAGAAGGUGUCCACGCCCAGCGACUACACGCUUUCCUUCCUCAAGCGGCAGCGCAAGGGCCUCUGAGCUACCCUGGGCCGGGCUCAGACUGCAGCUCCUCCCCGCCCCCCGCCCCCCAGGUAGCCUAGGCCUAGCCUCCUUGCCCCAGCCCCUGCCUGGACCAGGCUCUGGGUCUCUGCAGUAUGGACAGACUCCACCAGCCCAGAGGCUGGGACGCUGCCUGGCGUGGGAGUUUGAAUCCCACCCCAGAAUCCUGUCUGGCCAAUGGAAACCGCACCCUAGGCCCCGACUCCAGUCUGUAAAGGCCCCACCACCAGGAAGCCGGGCCCCACCUCUGCGGCUGCCACCCUAGGACUGACCAGGGCCCCGGCCCCCAUGGCCAAGGCUUCAUCCUGGCGUUCCGGGGCCCCUUCCAUCUGGGGGUCCUGCUUAGCCCUGGGAGUACAUUUCCGCACUUCAGAAUUCCAGCCCUUGGAAACCCAAGCCCCUGCCCCAAGGAACUUAACACUUCCAGAAUUUGGGAAUCUUCCUCGCACCUCUAUCCCAAAGCCCGGGCUUUGUCCCUGGCCUGUGUGAGCCCUGAGCCCCGCCCCUUCCUGACCAAACUGGCCCCAGAUCAGAGCCAACCUCUCUCCCCACCUCCGGGAGCACCCCCGAGGUCCAGCCAGUCUCUGGGGACCCCGGAGGAAAUCUGCGGGGGUUUGCGAGUGGAUAGGGAAGCCUGAUCGCUUCCUGUUUUGUACAUAGAUUUAUUUUUCAGUUCCA